CAGUGCUGAAGGAUGCAGCCGGGUGAAUGGAGGAGGAGGAGGAGGAGGAGGAGGUGAAAGACUGGAAGGCGGGGAACAGAAUGAACGGGUCGGGAAAGCUGAAGGAUGCGGAUUACGGUAGCCCCCCGGUCAGCCUCCCUACCGACGAUGGUUCCGAUGUUUUGACAUGAGGAUAUGCGGAGAAAACGACACAGGCCUGCGGUUUGUUGAUGCACUGAACACGGAGGGAGAGCCUGUAAUUUACCCAUCGUCUCAAAUUAUCUGUGACACCGAGGGUUGCCUGGUCUGGUUGUCAGGGUGAUUAGAUCUCGAAAGAUACUCUAUACGAGCUUAUAUGUUAUUUGAUCGUAGUACACAAUUUGUUUUUCCGUGUCGGUUAACGGUGAGACAACUGGAGAGAAAACAUAGUGACCCUGUCCAUGUUUGUGCUUCAGCUGCCAUCAUGGUUUUAGCCGUCAUUUUAGCAUCAUCGCCACCUGAUCUCUUCUCCCGUGUCGCUGCAGACUGGAUGUCAGAGUGAACGGACAGUCGUGAAGUCAAAACCAAACGUACUAAAAACACAAUGUUAAUGAGUUUCAACAUGGAGGCGUCGACGUUAAGGCCUCGCUUGUUGACAGGUCUGUUCAUAUGGACGACGUUGUGUCUCAUCAGCAGCGGUCAAUCCGCGCUGGACGCCUCGGGCCUGCCUCUCGCCAUCCGCGUGCCACUGCGGCAAGGUGCUCGCGCUGAAUCGCCACCGCAGUUGCCACCUGCCGCCGCCGUUACCCGCGGCAACACGGGAAAGUACGCUGCACGCAGGCGAAGAGGAGCUGCAGCGAGCGGCAUCAGCUUCGUGGACAUGAUUGAUAACCUGCGUGGGAAGUCUGGUCAGGGAUACUACGUGGAAAUGGCCGUAGGCUCCCCUCCGCAGAAGUUGAACAUCCUGGUGGAUACUGGAAGCAGUAACUUUGCUGUCGGGGCUGCUGCUCAUCCCUUCCUGCGCAGAUACUACCAUCGGUCACUCUCCAGCUCAUACCGUGACCAGGGUAGGAGUGUGUAUGUACCCUACACCCAGGGUCGCUGGGAAGGUGAGCUGGGCACUGACCUGGUCUCUGUUCCACAUGGCCCUAACGCCACGCUGCGUGCCAAUAUCGCUGCAAUCACCCAGUCAGAUCGCUUUUUCAUCAAUGGAUCCAACUGGGAGGGAAUCCUGGGGCUGGCCUAUGCUGACAUUGCCCGGCCUGAUGAGACACUGGAGCCUUUCUUUGACUCUCUCGUUCGCCAGACUCCUGUCCCCAACCUCUUCUCUCUCCAGUUGUGUGGAGCCGGCUUCACCCAAAACUACUCCCUGGGCAGCGCCACUGUUGGCGGCAGCAUGAUAAUCGGAGGAGUGGACCCAUCACUCUAUGUGGGAGAGCUUUGGUACACUCCCAUCCGCAGAGAGUGGUACUAUGAGGUCAUAAUCGUUCGUAUUGAAGUGAAUGGACAGGACCUCAACAUGGAUUGUAAAGAGUACAACUAUGAUAAGAGUAUUGUGGACAGUGGCACCACUAACCUUCGACUGCCAAGAAAAGUCUUCCAGGCUGCAGUCAAAGCUAUUGAAGCAGCCUCUUCGACAGAGCAGUUUCCCUCUGGCUUCUGGCUUGGGGAGCAGCUGGUAUGUUGGCAGGCUGGCACUACACCCUGGCACAUCUUCCCGGUCAUCUCCCUCUACCUGAUGAGUGAAAACCACAACCAGUCCUUCAGAAUCUCCAUCCUACCGCAGCAAUACCUGCGGCCAGUCGAGGAUGUGGCCUCUGCCCAGGAGGACUGCUAUAAGUUUGCUGUGUCCCAGUCUAGCACUGGUACAGUGAUGGGGGCUGUCAUCAUGGAAGGUUUCUAUGUGGUCUUUGACCGAGAAAAUAAACGCAUUGGCUUUGCCGUUAGCACCUGCCAUGUGCAUGAUGACUUUCGCACAGCUUCUGUGAAAGGCCCGUUCCAUGGUGUCGACUUGGAGGACUGUGGCUACAACAUCCCUCAGACGGACGAGUCCACUCUUAUGACCAUUGCCUACAUCAUGGCGGGAAUCUGCGCACUUUUCAUGCUGCCACUGUGUCUCAUGGUCUGCCAGUGGCGCUUCGCUCGCUGCAUCCACCCACAUGGAGACUUUGCUGAUGACAUCUCACUCCUUAAAUGAUGACGGGGUAGGGGGAAACAAAAGAGUCAUAGAGACCUACAUUUGAAACCUGGGACAUAGAUGGAUUGUGGUAAAAUGGUUGUACACUGUUAAUGUUGGUGCUGUUGAAAGGGAGCUUUGAGAACGUUAUUCAAGAAUGUAACAUAUGAAGCAUAAAAAUAUUGACAUACAGUAUAUACACAGUGAACAGUUCUGCCCUCAAAUUGGAGAGCACUUGAGGAUAACUAGAGCCAUUACUAACCUGGAGGAAAAAGAAAAAAAUUGUUGUCAUCAGUGCCAACUUUGCCUGUUAAAGCUACCUAUGCAGAUCAGCAUGGCUGGAUGAACUUCAAUAGGAAAAAUUAGACACACAAAAUCAGCUCGCUCUUAUAAACAGUGUAUAAUCAGACACCACAGAGACGGAUUGGAUUUGGAAUUUUGAAAGGUUUGUCUCAUAACAUUGCAGACGUCCACACAAAGAAAACAAAGUAGAAACAUGGCUAAGAGACUCAUGAACUGGAUGUGAAUACAGUGGGGAAUGAUGUGAAUCAGCGUGUAGUCAAAUGCGGUUUGCCAUGGUGUGACUUGGACGUGUGAGUGUGUGGUUACAUGUGUGUUUGCUUAUAGAUCAACUGUUUGUGGCUUGCGACUGAAUGAGACAAGGUUGAUAUGUGUGAGCAUGCUUGUAUGUGUGCACAGCUGCACUGUAAGUGAAGAGUAUACAGACUGAUUUAAUGAAAAUGAUACUACUGAAUAUGAAUAGCAUCUAUUAAAAUACACUAUUUUAUAAGAACUCUGCAAAUUAAGGAAGCAUAAAGAGGCUAAUUUGAUGAAAUAUCAGAUUGUAAGAGCAUUUACUGGAUAAAAUCAGUUUUGCUUUGUGCGAAACUGAGACUACUGAACACUCAGUAUCAGAUGUCACUUUUUCUUCUUAUACUGAUAGCUUAAAUAUAUCUAUUGUCCACAAAAUUUGUGCAUUCCAAAUCGUUUACUGGGCAGGUACACAUACACAAAAUACACAUCGCUUAUCCUAGUGCUACACCAUUUGAUGAUUUGCACAUGUAACACCACAUUACAUGUUAACAAACCAAGACUUAAUAGGGCUUCUUUCACAGAGACAGAAACAGCCUAACUAACUACAUCUUUCAAUGGGGACCAUUUACGCUUGGACAAGGAAACCAGCCCAAAGUAUGUUACACACUAAAGAACACUAUGUAUGUCGACAAGAGACAGUUUAUAUUGUCUCUCAGCAAGCUGUACAUAGGUAAACUCAGAACUGUAUAUUUAUCUGUCAGACGCUGGCAGCACUGUUCAACAAAUAAAGUACUUAUUGUAACUGUAA